CGCAGUCUCACCUCCCCAUUCGAGCAUUGAUCAUCAUCGUCAUUUUGUAGCGUGGAGACACAAACCCACCCAGCUCCAUACCUCUACCUUCUUUCUGCUUCGCCCCUUCCGCUUCCUUGCCUUUACUUCACCGCGUACACGACAAAAUGGGCAAACCAUACUACGGCCUUCGUGGCCUUCACCUCAGCAUCGCCAUUGCGACUAUUGCCGGAUGUGAUUUUGCGUUGUUCGGCUACGACCAGGGUGUCAUGGGAGGUCUUUUGACCUUGGAUGGUUUCCUGAAAACAUUCCCACAAAUCGACACCAACUCUCCUCCUCACGGAUGGACGAAGCAAAAGGCCUCAAACGUACAAGGGAUUACUGUCGGCGGAUACACCCUUGGCUGCUUCUUCGGGGCCGCUGCUACCAUCUGGCUGGGAAAUAUCCUCGGACGGAGAAAGACCAUUUUCACGGGAACGUGCAUCAUGAUUGUCGGCGCCACCAUCCAAUGCUCUUCAUACAGCCUCGGCCAGCUCAUUGCGGCCAGACUGAUUACGGGGUUCGGCAACGGAAUGAAUACCUCCACCGUUCCGAUAUGGCAGUCUGAAACGUCCAAGUCGAAUCGUCGUGGCCAAAUGGUGAUGAUUGAAGGCGUUCUCAUCGUAUUUGGAGUGAUGCUGUCUUAUUGGAUCGAUCUUGGCUUCUCCUUCUUGGACCCUUCGAGUAUUGCAUGGCGCUUUCCCCUAGCAUUCCAAAUCGUGCUCUGCCUCUUCAUCGUCAGCACAGUCCUUGGUCUACCCGAGUCGCCACGAUGGUUGAUAUUGAAAGGCCGUGAUAAAGAAGCCCUGCAGGUCUUGUCGGCGCUGGCAGAUCUCCCGGAAGAUGACGAGAGAAUUCAAUUCGAGUUCAAUGCGGUCAAAGACGUCGUCUUCGAAAUGUCCAAGGGCAAAUUUAUCGACUGCUUCGACCGGAACCCGAAUCGCAACCUUCACAGGACAAUUCUCGCGUACGUCAAUCAGAUGUUUCAACAAAUCUCCGGUAUAAACAUCAUCACAUACUACGCUGCGACAGUAUUCAAAAGCAUCGGCCUCUCCGGCUUCUUAAGUCGUCUUCUAGCAGCUUGCAACGGCACCGAGUACUUCAUGGCAUCCUGGGUGGCUGUCUUCACCAUCGAAAAGUUCGGCCGAAGGCAGUUGAUGCUUUUCGGCGCAGUCGGUCAAGCAUGUUCCAUGGCCGUCUUGGCCGCAACGAGCGCCAAUCUCCAGUCCAAAGCCUGUGGUGUAGUCGCCGCGAUCUUCUUGUUUGUUUUCAACUCCUUCUUCGCCGUCGGGUGGCUUGGUAUGACUUGGCUUUAUCCCGCAGAAAUCACUCCUCUGUCCAUUCGAGCUCCCGCAACCGCCCUUUCCACCACCGCCAACUGGAUCUUCAACUUCAUGGUCGUCAUGGUCACUCCUCCCGCCUUUGCCAGCAUUGGCUACAACACAUACACCGUCUUUGCAUGCAUCAAUGCCUUCAUGGUCCCAUGCGUGUACUUCUUCUACCCAGAAACUGCAUACAGAUCGCUUGAGGAAAUGGACGAAAUCUUCCACGACAUUUCCGGCCUCAAAGGCGCACUCACGGUGGUGAAGGUCGCCCACGACAAGCCCAGACGAUUCGGCAAGAAUGGAGAGCUUCUCAUCCGGUAUGAAGAUACAGAGGCAUACAGACGUGGUUCUACCAUGCGGAGGAGAAGCUCGACCGCGCCUGUACCGGAGAGCGAGACGAAGCAUGUCCAAGGAGACGGAGAAGUUACUUUGGAGGAGGAAAAGAAGGACCGUGAUUCGAAUUGAUGAUGUUUCACGAUGGAGCCAGGUUGCAAGGAUUGGGAGGGUACUGAUAG